CCCGAGCGACACCUACCGGCCAUGGCCUGCCGGCAUCCACUCCCGUAGUCUGAAGUUGGAGCAGUCUCAUUUGAUCAGGAAGCUGGCACUGCCUUCGUUUACUGUUUUUUUUCUUGGAUGAAUCUACAGAGCUGUCAGGAAAAAGGAAGCAGUUUGAAGGGCCACGUAGAGAUUAUCAUCCAUUAGGCUUGCUGACUGCUUCGAAAGACACAUCGUGGUGUGAGGAAGGAGCCCUCCAUGCUGUGUACAUUUGGUAUAACAUGAUACUUGACCAUCUGGAGUGACCAUUACUUGUGGAGAUAUAACUACAUUUCAAAAAAUGACCACUCCAGCUCUGCUUCCCCUCUCUGGGCGCCGGAUCCCUGCUUUAAAUUUAGGGACCUCCUCUGUCCCUCACCACCGGGCCACGCUGAGGCUCUCUGAAAAGUUCAUUUUGCUCCUCAUUCUUAGUGCCUUCAUCACCUUAUGUUUCGGGGCCUUCUUUUUCCUUCCCGACUCAUCCAAGCACAAACGCUUCGACCUGGGCCUGGAAGAUGUGCUGAUCCCUCACAUAGACUCAGAUAAAGGAGACAAGAAUACAGGGAGCUUCCUUAUCCAUGGACAGGGUCACGACCAGCACCGCCACAGAGAGGAGGAGGAGCAGCUAAGAGACAAGAUUCGCGCUGACCACGAGCGAGCCCUAGAGGAGGCCAAAGAUAAACUGAAGAAAUCUCGAGAAGAAAUCCGCGCCGAGAUCCAGACAGAGAAGAAUAAGCUGGUGGAAGACAUGAAGAAGAAAGACGCACAACCUCUGCCGCUUGCUCCGGUCCCCAACCUCCCUGAGAUCAAAAGUGGGGAUCCUGGAGAUCCCGACAUUCGGGAAAAACGAGACAAAAUUAAAGAGAUGAUGAAACAUGCAUGGGAUAAUUACAGACAAUAUGGCUGGGGCCACAACGAGCUUAAACCCAUCGCCAGGAAAGGACACUCUACCAACAUUUUUGGAAAUUCGCAGAUGGGAGCCACAAUAGUGGAUGCUUUAGACACGCUAUAUAUCAUGGGGCUGCUGGACGAAUUUAGGGACGGACAGGAGUGGGUUCAAAACAAUCUUGACUUCACUGUAAAUUCGGAGGUGUCGGUUUUUGAAGUGAACAUUCGCUUUAUCGGGGGACUGCUGGCAGCAUUUUACUUGUCUGGUCAGGAGGUAUUUAAGAACAAGGCCGUGUUAUUAGCAGAGAAAUUACUUCCAGCAUUUAACACUCCAACUGGAAUUCCCUGGGCCAUGGUCAACCUUAAGAGCGGCGUCGGCAGAAACUGGGGCUGGGCGUCGGCAGGGAGCAGUAUUCUGGCUGAGUUUGGUACUUUGCAUCUGGAGUUUGUUCACCUGAGUUACUUGACUGGAAAUCCUGUCUAUUACAACAAGGUCAUGCACAUCCGAAAACUUCUGCAAAAGAUGGAUCGUCCCAAUGGGCUUUAUCCAAACUACUUGAACCCGAGGACAGGACGCUGGGGGCAGCAUCACACGUCUGUGGGUGGUUUGGGAGACAGUUUCUAUGAAUACCUUCUGAAGGCCUGGCUGGUCUCUGACCGAACAGAUGUUGAUGCUCGGAAAAUGUACGAUGAUGCAAUUGAAGCAAUAGAGAAGCACUUAAUUCGGAAGUCAAAUGGAGGUCUUACCUUUAUUGGUGAAUGGAAAAAUGGCCACCUGGAGCGCAAAAUGGGUCAUCUGACCUGUUUUGCAGGUGGGAUGCUGGCACUUGGUGCUGACGGGUCACCAGGAGACAAAGCUGGGCACUAUUUGCAACUGGGUGCCGAAAUUGCUCAUACUUGCCAUGAGUCAUAUGACCGCACAGUGCUUAAGUUGGGGCCGGAAGCUUUUAAAUUUGAUGGAGGUGCUGAGGCCGUGGCUGUGCGUCAGAAUGAGAAAUAUUACAUCCUGCGACCAGAGGUGAUUGAGACAUACUGGUACAUGUGGCGUUACACCCAUGAUCCUAAAUACCGACUCUGGGGCUGGGAAGCAGCUCAGGCCAUUGAGAAGUACUGCCGAGUUAGUGGGGGUUUCUCGGGUGUGAAAGAUGUGUAUUCAUCGGCACCAGUGUAUGACGAUGUACAGCAGAGCUUCUUCCUGGCAGAGACCCUCAAGUAUCUGUAUCUCCUCUUCUCCAGCGAAGACCUCUUACCAUUAGACAACUGGGUGUUUAACACAGAAGCUCAUCCUUUACCAGUCCUACGCCUGGCCAACAGCACCUUUCCGUGGAAUCAUGUGGCACGGUAGGACUGCCCAAACAGGGACCAUUUUCCGGGGACCACUACUGACCUGAUGGGGCUUUUACAUGCAUCCGAAACUGGGACAAGCAGCUGCUCCCUGGGCACAAUUCCAUUUCCUUUCAUUUUAUGUCACCUCUGUUUGCUCCCAGAGACGACCAGCAUGACCGCGAAAGCAAGCAAGGAGACGAUUCACUGACCAAACUGCUCUGCCCAGGAAGGAAGGGAGAGGGUUCACCAAUCAGGACUGGGGGCUGCAUCGAGUGGGUGAGGGCAAAGCACUCGUACACGCACUUUGUGGCACAGUUUGCACCAGGGCUGGGGAUUUUAAUAUUAUUGUAUCUGACCUGGCAUAUUGAGAGCCAUAUUAUGGUGACACGUUGAUGGCUUUGGAGGUGGAUCACGGGGGGAGCCAGUCUUCAUGUUACCAGUGAAUUGCCGAACAUUAAGGAUUGCCAGAGAGAACCUGUCCAUCCCCCCCCCCCUCCCCCUACUGCCUCUCCCCUUAUUUCAGUUUGUGGUUCCUAGCCGCAUGAGCAAGGCAUCAAGCUGUGGAUUAAAGAGACAUUGUAUA